AAGCUGCAGUUUCCAUCAUUCUUCUUCUUCGAAAUUCUCCGGAUCAUCAUUAUCACUUGUAUCUCUUCCAAUUUCAAUGGCUCUUGUUCGUGAACGCCGUCAGAUCAACCUCCGUCUACCUCUUCCACCUCUCUCCGAUCGCCUCCCUUGUUUCUCCUUUCCUUCCUCCACCGCCGCCGUCACAACCACCGCUUUUGCCAACGGAAUCUGCGCUUCCGAUAUCGAGAAACUCCACGUUCUCGGGAGCGGAAACGGUGGGAUCGUGUACAAAGUCCAACACAAAACCACCGCGGAGCUAUACGCUCUGAAAACAGUCAACGGAGACAGGAGCCCGAGUUUCACAAGACAAUUAACGCGCGAGAUGGAGAUCCUACGCCGCACAGAUUCUCCUUACAUAGUCCGGUGUCACGGGAUCUUCGGGAAACCAACCUCCGGCGAGGUUUCGAUCCUCCUCGAGUAUAUGGACGGCGGAAACCUAGAAUCUCUCCGCGGCGCCGUAACCGAGAAACAACUCGCAGGAUUUUCCCGCCAGAUUUUGAAAGGACUGAGCUAUCUCCACUCUCUCAAGAUCGUUCACAGAGACAUCAAGCCUGCGAACCUCCUCUUGAAUUCGAGAAACGAAGUUAAAAUCGCCGAUUUCGGUGUGAGCAUUAUCAUGAACCGGUCGUUCGACUACUGCGAUUCGUACGUCGGCACGUGCGCUUACAUGAGCCCCGAGAGAUUCGACUCCGUCGCCGGAGAGAACUCCGAUGUAUACGCAGGCGAUAUAUGGAGUUUUGGAUUGAUGAUCCUCGAGUUAUUCGUCGGACAUUUUCCGUUGCUUCCUCGGGGACAGAGACUUGAUUGGGCGACGCUCAUGUGCGCCGUGUGUUUCGGAGAACCGCCGCGUGCGCCGGAAGGAUGUUCCGACGAAUUUAGGAGUUUUGUUGAUUGUUGUCUACGUAAAGAAUGGAGUGAGAGGUGGACGGCGUCGCAGCUUCUCCGUCACUCUUUUCUCCGUCAAAGUGUAUAGAUUGACCCGAUUGCUCUGUUACGGGUCUGUGGAUCUUUAUUACUUUUUUCAAAUAGUUUAAUUUUGGAUAGCAUAGUUUAAUCGCAUUGCAUGAAAUAAAAUAUAAUUAUACGAGGCUCCAACAAAA